AUGAACAGAGCUAAUGGCAGCAUCUUUUCUGGAUUUAUUCUUCUGGGCUUCUCCAACAGGCCUCAGGUGGAAACAGCUCUCUUCUUCGCUAUGUUGCUCAUCUAUUUCUUGAGCUUCCUAGGCAACAGCACCAUCAUAUUGCUGUCAGUUAUAGACCCUCACCUCCACACCCCCAUGUAUUUCUUCCUUUCUAAUCUCUCCUUUAUGGCUUUGACAACUUGCACUGUCCCUCAGACACUGUUUAACUUCAAGGGGAAGGACAAGACCAUCACUUAUGGUGGCUGUGUGACCCAACUCUUCAUUGCCCUGGGACUUGGGGGAGUAGAGUGUAUACUCUUAUCUGUGAUGGCUUACGAUCGCUAUGCUGCUGUCUGCCGACCGCUCCACUACAUGGUAAUCAUGCACCCACAGCUUUGCAUAAAGAUGGUUUUAACUGCUUGGCUCACAGGGUUUGGCAAUUCUGUGGUACAGACAGCAUUGACCAUGACUCUUCCGCUCUGUGGCAGAAAUCAACUGGACCAUUUCUUCUGUGAAGUUCCAGUGAUGCUGAAGCUAACCUGUGCUAACUCCUUCAUUAAUGAAGCUGAACUCUUUGCUGUCAGUGUCUUCUUCUUGGUGGUACCCCUCUCACUCAUUUUAGUGUCCUAUGGCUACAUUACUCAUGCAGUUCUAAAGAUCAAGUCAGCCCAGGGAAGGCGGAAGGCCUUUGGAACCUGUGGCUCUCACCUUCUGGUAGUGAUUAUCUUUUUUGGCACACUCAUUUCCAUGUACCUCCAGCCUCCCUCCAGUUACUCACAGGACGUGAACAAAAGCAUGGCACUUUUUUAUACUCUGGUGACUCCUCUGUUGAAUCCCCUGAUUUACACACUGAGGAACAGGGAAGUCAAAAGUGCAUUAAGGAAAAUAAUGGGUAGAAGGACAGAUUCAACAAAGAGUUAA